CCGGCGAGGCUGGCUUUACGUCAUCGCGGGCGCGACGCCCCGAGGAACAGUCUGGAGUGUGGCGGUCGGGAAGGUGCGGCGGUGAGACCGGCCGGGAAGAUGCCAGUGGCGGUGAUGGCGGAAAGUACCUUCAGUUUUAGGAAGUUGCUGGAUCAGUGCGAGAACCAGGAGCUCGAGGCUCCUGGAGGAAUCGCCACACCCCCAGUGUAUGGUCAGCUUCUAGCGUUAUAUUUGCUCCACAAUGACAUGAAUAACGCAAGAUAUCUUUGGAAAAGGAUACCCCCUGCUAUAAAAUCUGCAAAUUCUGAACUUGGAGGAAUUUGGUCAGUAGGACAGAGAAUCUGGCAGAGAGAUUUCCCUGGGAUCUAUACGACCAUCAACUCCCACCAGUGGUCUGAGACGGUGCAGCCAAUCAUGGAAGCGCUCAGAGAUGCGACAAGGCGACGCGCCUUCGCCCUGGUCUCUCAAGCGUACACCUCCAUCAUCGCCGAUGACUUUGCGGCCUUUGUUGGACUUCCUGUAGAAGAGGCUGUGAAAGGUAUCUUAGAACAAGGAUGGCAAGCGGACUCCACCACGAGAAUGGUUCUACCCAGAAAGCCAGUUGCAGGGGCCCUGGAUGUUUCCUUUAACAGAAUUAAUCCCUUAUCAGAGCCUGCCCCAGUUCCGCCGAUCCCCAAUGAGCAGCAGUUAGCUAGGCUGACCGAUUAUGUGGCUUUCCUUGAAAACUGACUGAUCGUCGACUUCAAGACCACCUCCAGAAUCCUCUACACUGACAAAUAGAGAAAUGUAAAAUUUUUAUUUUCAACUUACUGGAUGGAUGAAGCACCUCAGCAUUCCUUACGGAAUAUGUGAUAAAAUGCAUAUAUAAUAUAAAGUAUAUUAUAUAUAUUUUGUCCUUAAGCAUUAUGCCGAAUAGUUGAGGCAGUUCUCAUUUUGUAAUAGGUAACAAUUUGGCACUGUCAGUAUCAUGCCGGUAGUUUACAUUCCCUAGUGAAUUAGGCAUAAGCCCUCCUGCCCCAGUGCGCUGCGUUCCCAUGCGUGCCCGAGUGGGCAGUGGUGGUGCUGCCUCUGGGGCUGGCCGAGGACUGUCCCAGGGAAGGACUUGAAUUGCAUGAGUGUGAUCCACCCUUGGGAGAAUAGGCUUUCUUUUAUCCCUGCCUCCCCAGAAUCGCUAAGGUAGAAUACUGAAACGUAGCUGAGGAACAAAUGGACAUUUCCGGAGUGAACCAGUUUGUUACAGUCUUUCCCAAUAGUAUGAGUAUAUCCAUUGCUAGCAGAGGAGGGCUUGCUGUGACAGUGCCACUUAGGGUGUUCAUGAGAAGUAUUAAGUUCUAACGUCUGUUUUCAGAGGAAGGGGCAGGUUAAGUGUGGAGCGCAUGGUGUGGGGAAAGGAGCUGUUAAGAGGAGUGAUGCACUUGCACAGCUCUGCUGCAGCCUGUUGGUUGCCUGUUUGUUUAAAGUUCUGCCCUUGGAAGAAAUGCCGAACAAGUCUUUAUUCUUUGUGUGACAGCCCCUGAAUGUUUGAAGUUACUGUAUUUUUAGAUUAAGAUACCCCUUAGAUCAUUUAUUCUGCAUUUGUUCAAUAAAUAUUUAAUUGAAUUUUUGAACUGUCA